ACCAUCUCACAAAUUAAAAGUCCCGUAGUCUCUAGAGAAGUCUACCAACCUGCUUAAAAAAACUACGUUGCAUUCUUCUAAACCAUUCAUCAACCUCUCUGCACAAAGGAAACUGGUUGGAUCGAUCGAUAAUCAAGAAAAACCUGAAAAUAAAUUGGUUGAAAAUGAGAAAAAAUAGUGUGUUAAUAGGAGGAGGAUUAGGUUAUUGUUAUAAACGAUGGAUGUCGUCGUCGUCAAGCAAAGGAAGAAAGAGAUCCGCAGCAGUGUGGGGUAAUGGUGACUACGGAAGAUUAGGAUACGGAAACUUAGAUUCUAUGUGGAGACCUAAGCUUAUGAAUUCCUCUUCCUUUCAUAAUUCUAAUCUCAAAUCCAUUUCUUGUGGCGGUGCUCACACUCUCUUCUUAACAGAAACUGGGCGUGUUUAUGCCACCGGUCUUAAUGAUUUUGGACAGCUCGGCGUAUCAAACAACACUACUUAUUGUAUGGAGCCACUUGAAGUUUCUGGUCUCAAAAAGGAAAUUGUGCAAAUUUCAGCUGGUUAUCAUCACUCAUGUGCUAUUACAGUGGAUGGAGAGCUCUAUACGUGGGGAAAGAACUCAAAUGGACAGCUGGGUCUUGGAAAAAAGGCUGAAAACGUAGUCCCUGUACCAACAAAAGUAGAAUGUUUGAGCGGAAUCAACAUUAAAAUGGUAGCUUUGGCUUCAGAGCACUCAAUUGCAGUUACUGAUGGAGGUCAGGCCUUGAGUUGGGGAGGAGGAGGAUCUGGGCGACUUGGUCAUGGCCAUCAAUCAAGUCUUUUGGGGUUUUUUAGAAGCAGCAGUGAAUAUACACCUAGACACAUUAAGAAACUUGAAGGGGUUAAGGUUAAAAACAUUGCUGCCGGCUUGCUUCAUUCAGCCUGCAUUGAUGAGAACGGCUCUGUCUACAUAUUUGGUGAAAAAGCAGUAGAUAAACUGGCUUUUGGAGAUGCGAACAACGCAACGACGCCAUCUAUGAUAGGCAAAUUGCCUUAUUCUCAAGAAGUAGCAUGUGGUGGCUAUCACACAUGUGUUAUAACUAGUGGUGGUGAACUAUACACUUGGGGCUCAAAUGAAAAUGGUUGUCUUGGCAACGGUUCUAUUGAUGUCUUGCAUAUUCCGGAGCGAGUUGAAGGCCCUUUUUUGAGAUCUCCUGUUGAAAAGGUAUCUUGUGGUUGGAAGCAUACAGCAGCGAUUUCAGAAGGCAAUGUGUUUACCUGGGGCUGGGGAGGUUCACAUGGAACAUUUUCUGAAGAUGGACUUUCUUCUGGUGGACAAUUGGGUCAUGGGGAUGAUUUUGACUACGUAAAUCCUACAUUGGUUGCCUUCGAGAAGAAAAUGAAAGCAUUGGAAGUGUCAUGUGGGUUUAAUCACACAGGUGCCAUACUUGAAAGUGUUGAUGCUUAAGCCAUGGUUACGGUUCUUCAGUGAAUGGAAGCGGUUUUGAGUUUUUACUGUUAUUUCAUUCAUUAUUUGGCUUUAACAUAUUCAAAUGCCAAUUAAAUAAUCAUCAGUCAUCAACUCCGAGACUAUCUGUUCAUACUCCGAACUCCAGAACGGUGCACUGUACAUGAUGAGGUCAAUGUAACCUGUAUAUCCUUGCAUUUACUAAAAGUAAACUAUUACAGUGCGAAAACCUAAAAUAUGUGCGAAAACCACUGUAUACAUGUAUUUUAUUAUGGAUUGUAAUAGUAAAUUGAUGAUUUUAUUAGUAAAAAAAAUCACAUAAAACUGUCUUUCAAGAGUAAAA